AACUAGAGCUCGGAGGAAACGCUCGAGCGCGCUCACCCGGCAGCCUGAGAAGUGCUUUUGGGGCGCCUGCGCAUGCGCACGCGCACACGCUAGUCGGGAGCCGAGGUGGUACAGAGACCGAGCUCAAGAGCGCGGUAAAGAACCAUCACGAUGGCCGCCCAAGGAGAACCCCAAGUGCAGUUCAAACUUGUAUUAGUUGGUGAUGGAGGUACUGGAAAAACCACAUUUGUAAAACGUCACUUGACUGGUGAAUUUGAGAAGAAGUAUGUAGCCACCUUGGGUGUUGAAGUCCAUCCUCUCGUGUUCCAUACUAACAGAGGUCCUAUUAAAUUCAACGUAUGGGAUACAGCUGGCCAAGAGAAAUUUGGUGGUCUGAGAGAUGGUUAUUACAUCCAAGCUCAGUGUGCCAUUAUAAUGUUUGAUGUAACAUCAAGAGUUACUUACAAGAAUGUACCUAACUGGCAUAGAGAUCUGGUACGAGUAUGUGAAAAUAUCCCUAUAGUGUUGUGUGGCAACAAAGUGGAUAUUAAGGACAGAAAAGUCAAGGCGAAAUCAAUUGUCUUCCACAGGAAGAAGAAUCUCCAGUACUAUGACAUUUCAGCCAAAAGUAACUACAACUUUGAGAAGCCCUUCCUUUGGCUUGCUAGAAAACUUAUUGGAGACCCUAAUUUGGAGUUUGUUGCCAUGCCUGCUCUUGCACCUCCAGAGGUUGUCAUGGACCCAGCACUGGCAGCACAGUAUGAGCAGGACUUACAGAUUGCUCAGACAACUGCGCUCCCUGAUGAAGAUGAUGACCUGUAAGGGAAUGAAGCUAGAGCCCAGCGUCAGAGGUCUAGUUUUAUAGGCAACUGUCCUGUGAUGUCAGUGGUGUAGCGUGUUUGCCACUUUAUUAUAUAGCUGAGCAGAACAUGUGCUUAAUCUUUGGGAUGCUGAAGGAGAUGAAUGGGCUUCGGAGUGAAUGUGGCAGUUUAAAAAAUAUAAUUCAUAUUUUGGACCUGCGUAUUUAGCUGUUUUGGACCGCAAUUACGUCCCCUUGAGUUUCAAAUAUAAGACUGCUGCAGUCCCAUCACAAUAUUCAGUGGUGAAUCUUGUUUGUUACUGUCAUUCCCAUUCCUUUUUUCGUUUAGAUCAUAAUAAAGUUGUAUUUCAAAUAUCUAAGCAAGUGAGCUUUAUCCCUUGUUUACAAUAAGCAUUUUAAAACCUGUUUUGUAAGGUCUUGUGGUAGAUGUAUACCAUGUUACUAUUUAAAUGGCCUUCACAUUUUUAUGACUAGUUGUUUUUAAAACGUAUUUCAAACAUCAGUAAAAUAACAUCUGAGUCAUACAUUUCACAAAUUAAAGAUAGGGGCUGGACAGGUUAAAACUUUGUGCUACUGUUAGAUGGUCACAACUUGGUAAUAAAGUUUAAAGGUGUGAGUGUAUAAUUUAGUUAAAACUUGAGUUUUCACACUAGCUGAAUGUAGUGUACCUAAGGUGACUUGUGGAAGAAGGGUAAAGUUGAAGAAUAAAAUAAUCACAUAAGUGUUGUACAUUUUUCCUGUGUAUGAGCUGUCAAUAGAAUAGAAUUUUAAUUUAUGUGGAUUGAGUAUCAAUUGAAUGCAGCUUUUAAAAGAUUAUAUUGCUUUAACAUACAUGGGAAUGGUAACCAUGCUUUAAAUGGGUGGCUUGAGGUGAUUAUGGAAAUAAACUAGACUCUGUUAACUUCAACUUUGAUAAGCUUUAAAUCCACUGUAGGCAAAGUAUUCUUGUUGAGAAGGAAGCAUAUCAAGACAAAAGUCAUAAAUCAGGUAAUGCUGUGAUGACCACCACCGGAAUAGUGAGAAAAUGGACCAUAUUCAGUGAUGUCAAUCUAAAUUGAAGCCUUGGAAUGAGUUUUGUAUUUUGGGUUCUAUAAUAAAAGUGAAGCAUUUAAUUUA